AUGGAGCGGCGCUCCGGGGUUUCAAUCCGUUCCUAUGCAGCUGCAGUGGCCACCAGAUUAGCAUAUGAAGGGGCCAGCGCUAGUGGUGUUGAUGUACAACUUGAAAUUGAUGAAAGUGAGCGGGCUACAAUACAGACAACACUUGACACUCGACCUAUCAACACUAAGCGGAAAUACGACGGCUACCAAAACGAGUUUGUGCAAUGGUGCACCUCUCGCGGAUUCCAAGAUAAAGACACUGUGACCGGUGGAAAGCUACAUUUGUUUCUGUCUAGCAUGGUGAUCGGGCGAAAGUCUAAGAAGAAUGCUGAAAAAACCGUUGGAGGCUCCACUGUGUGUGGAUAUGUAAACGCACUUGUAGAUCUGUACAACCAGCAGGUUACACUUCGUACAAACUCGAACCCACACCCGCGAACCACUGCUGUGAAGCAACUGAUAAAAAAUGUCCAGGCCACGACUACUCAAACCAAGAAAAAGAAUUACGAGGACAGGGGAAUUGGCUCAUUGCUGGAUGGCUAUUCGUCGGUUCAGCAAUUCCAACAAAUUUGUGACGCCUUCCUAACACUCAAUGACCUGCGAGGACGCGUCGCCUUCUUACUUUCUCAUUUUGGAUUGUUACGUGGCGAAAAUGUUCGCGAUUUAGAGUUUGCUGAUAUGUUCUCUCAGAAGUUGGAUGGAGAGGGAUACCAGACUUGUACAGCUCUCGUGCUUUUAAUUCAACAUGGAAAGACGAACACUUUCGGUAAGAUGCAGCACGUUGGCUACAUGCGGAACAAGGACAUCGAGAGCCCUUCCCGUCCUUUGCUAAAUCUCAAGACUGGUAUGACUUGA